UGACCAAUUGAGGCAGAAUGAACAGGACACGGUUGGCUCCUAAGUCGGAGCAUAGUUAUAGCAGUGGUCGGUCAUGAGAAGACACGACAUGACUAAGAUCAAAAUCCAAAGAGCGAGUCUGAGUCUUCUUCAAAUUACCACUUCCUCCUUUCAGAUCCCACUUCCCUAUUCUUGCCGUUACCUUCAAGUUUCAACGCCACCCCUUUCAAUUUUCAACCCCAUCCCAAUGUUUCUCUCUCUCCUCAUUCUUCCUUCUUCCACCACAUUUGCCGCAUAACAAACCCCAAGCUACUCUCUUUCUCCCAUUUUCAUCUCUCUACUCCUUCAUGGACACCCUUCUCUCAUCUCUUCUAUUCUUUCUCUCCCUCUUUUCAAUUGGGUCCUCGCAGAUUCAGAAUUUUCAACAGGCGUUUCCCAUUGUGGAGCCUGAUCCUGGUCAUACAAAACUUAGACUUUCAAGAGAAGGUUUGGAGGCUAUUGAGAGAAUAACAAACCCCAUUGCAUCCGUGGCAGUGAUUGGACCGUAUCGCUCUGGAAAAUCUUUCUUGCUUAAUCAACUUCUUUCUCUUUCUUGUUAUGAAGGUUUUGGUGUUGGGCACAUGCGUGAUACCAAGACAAAAGGAAUAUGGAUUUGGGGAACCCCAAUAGAGUUGGAUAUUGAUGGAGUAAAAACUUCCGUAUUUUACCUUGAUACAGAAGGAUUUGAAAGUGUUGGAAAAUCAAAUGUAUAUGAUGAUCGGAUAUUUGCUCUGGCAACUGUCAUGAGUUCCGUGCUUAUCUAUAAUCUGCCUGAGACGAUACGCGAAGCUGACAUUUCUCGGCUCUCUUUUGCGGUUGAGCUUGCUGAAGAAUUUUAUGGGAGAGUGAAGGGCCAAGAUGUUGCAUUUGAACCUGCUAAGCUCUUGUGGCUUAUACAACGUGAUUUUUUGCAAGGGAAGUCAGUGCAACAAAUGGUGAAAGAAGCUCUUCGAAGAGUCCCCAAUGUCAAUGGGGACAAAAAUAUUGAUAUGGUCAAUCAGAUACGGGACUCAUUGGCUAUAAUGGGUGACAAUAGUACUGCCUUUAGCUUACCACAACCGCAUCUCCAGCGGACAAAGCUCUGUGAUAUGAAGGAUGGGGACCUUGAACCAUUAUAUGUAAAAAGAAGGGAGCAACAUACUUGAAGCCUUGAACAAAGGAGAGAUCCCAUCGACUGGUUCUCUUGUGGAGAUUUUCAACAAGGAUAUUCUUGAAAGAUGUCUUAAAUUAUACAGUGAAAGGAUGGGAAAAUUGCAACUACCUCUUCCAGAGGGAUCUCUGCAACAGUCCCAUGAUAACUCUAGAGGUGAAGCCAUGCGAUCCUUUGAUCAGCAACAUUUUGGUCGUCACCAUGCUAAGAAAUCAGUGACACAACUGGAUGAAGAAAUACAGAAGGUAUAUAGGAAUGUCAUUUUAAAAAAUGAAUACCAAUCUUCAAAGCUAUGUGAGGCAUUGUACACCAAUUGCGAGGACAUGAUGGAUCGGCUUCAGGUUCUCAGACUACCUUCCAUGGCAAAGUUUAAUGCGGGAUUGCAGAAAUGCAAUCAUAGUUUUGAGCACGAGUGUGUCGGACCGUCGAAAACAAACUACGAGCAGCGCAUGAUGAAGAUGUUGGGGAAAUCUAAGUCUCAAUUUAUAAAGGAUUAUAACCAAAGGCUUUUUAAUUGGUUGGUGGCCUUCUCCCUCGUCAUGGUCGUGAUUGGCCGCUUUAUUAUAAAGUUCAUUUUGAUCGAAAUGGGAGCAUGGUUACUUUUUAUAUUUCUUGAGACCUACACAAGGAUGUUUUGGUCAGCAGAGUCACUGUACUAUAAUCCAGUUUGGCAUUUUAUAGUUGCAACAUGGGAAACUCUUGUUUAUAGCCCAGUUCUUGAUCUUGACAGAUGGGCUAUUCCCCUUGGUGUAAUUGUGUCCUUAUUUGUUCUUUAUUGGCGUUGUUAUGGGAAAAGGAAACAUGGAUCACGGUGGAUACUACCUUUAUAUAGCAACAACAAGAACGGCCGGAGUCGACCAAGAUCAGAUUAGAAGCUCUGGUAAUUGCAGUUGCAGCCGAGCUUUGAGAAUUCGGUAUGCUUCUCGUCAAUUCAUCGCUUUCGGCGAGCUUUUCUCUUUUCGAAACAUAGAGGCCGCCCACGACGAGAAGUUCUUCUGCAAAAAGUGUAAAGUAAAAAAGAUGAUCCGAGGGUGAUUGAUCUCUGCAGCAGCUUCUGUAAUGGCACGUUCAAAAGAGUUGUUCUUUGCUGCAACAGCAUGUUAAUUCUAAUACUUGGCAGUUAUUUAUUUCAGAUUAUAGUAGAGUAAAUUGGAUUUUAGAUAUACGUUUUUGUGGCACCAAUCAUGUAUUAAACUGUAAAAUUAAAGCAAGAGAGGAAAUACAAGUUGAUUCUUUAUUCUUUUUGUUGGUGACUGGUGAUAUUUGUGACUGAAGAAAUUACCUUCCUGGUAUCCAGGAAUUUUUUUGC